AUGACCACCGAGCGUCCACAGCUGGAUUCGACUUUCGAGUGUCAAUACUCGUACAAGCCGUGCACGCACCCGCGGUCCCGCAAGCGCAAUGGGAGUCUUCACCUUCUCUGCGACUACCACCGCAAGAAGGCCAACGCGAUCCAGCGCGUGUACGCCAACAAGAAGCGCCUGGAGCGCCUGCAACUCAAGCAAGGCAAGAGUGCUCCCGCUGCUGUAGUCGCGCCUGCGCAACCCGUUGCCAAGGUGGCACCGCCGACGCAGUUGCCGUCCGGAAAUGCCUCGGACGAGCUCGGGGCCGAGCUCUUUGAGUACAUGAGCUCCCUCUUACGCGAUGACCAUACGCUGCCGUGGGCCGACGCGCUCUGGGCGCGUGACGAAACCAGUGUUUUGGACACGCUGCUGUAAAGCUCGGAGUCUAGUUGUUGUUGAAGUAUUAGUAUAAACUGUAAAAUGAGCCAAGGG